GUCACAAAAAUAUAGGAUGGGUUGCUUUACAGGUAUGAGCAGGAUAUGACUGAGCAAAUUUCUAUCUCCGAUCUUCCUGUCUCGAUACAAAUGAUUGGCACUGAUGACCAUGAUACACCACAAGACUCAGCACCCCAACUUGAGCCUACAGAAUCAGAGCCCAGGCCUCGCCGUUCUAGACACAGGCCUAGAGUUCAUGCUAGACAUAGGUCCUUGUUGACGCAACAAGUAGAAGAGUCCCUGGAUGAGUCACGAGCUGCAUUUGUUAGGCUUGAGGAAGCAAAGCUUGCAGCCCAAACUAAACAAAUGGAGAUAGAAAUAAAAAAGGUAGAGGCAUUGCAGCAAAUAGCACUAGCUAUAAAUAAGCUAGCAGAUGCAGUGUCGUCUACAUUUGAUCCUGCAGGCUCCUCUACACUACAGCAUGGACAUCAUACUCAAAAAAGUCCUCGAAUUUCUUCGAGUGAUGAGAGUGACCAUUAGUAGUGACUAGAAG